AUGUUGGAAGAGUAUCUAGAUGGCUCCGAGGUCGACGUGAAUAUAGUCAUGAGUGAUGGAGUUGCCACCUACGUCUGUGUGCAUGAUAAUGGUCCAACACUUGAGCCUCAUUUUAACGAAACGUGGGACAUCUUCCCCAGUACACUACCAUCCGACCAGGUGGCUGCUCUUGAAGACCUGGCUGUGAAGUCCGUCAUCGCCAUGGGUUUCACAAGUGGAGUGUUCCACGUAGAGGCCAAGUACACUAGCCGGGGCCCUCGACUGAUCGAGGUCAAUGCUAGAAUGGGUGGUGGACCACUUCGAGACCAACAGAAGGCUGCUACGGGUGUUGAUUUAGUCGAUGAAGUACUUCUCAUCGCUCUUGGUCUGCCUAGUUUACCCCCACUGCUGCCAGUGGAUGAGCGCAAAGCCGUUGUGUGCAUUUCUGUCAACGCGCUCAAAUCUGGGACUAUUCUAAACUUGUCCUUCUCGCACCGGUGGGACUCCAUCGAGGGUGUCACAGUUCUUUCUAACACGGUUCUCAUCAAGGAGGGCCAGCAUAUAGUGGGUCCAGAGGAAGGACUACCAACCUGGCUCGCUGAUGUCGUCUUCUCUACGCCGUUGUCGAAGCUGGGUGAAUUGAGAGGGUUAGCUCAUCGACUCGACAAAGAGAUCGCUGAGGACUACUUGAGCCAUUAUAGUCAUUCUUGA